AGGCGGAGCUGAAGGAGUUGGAGCGGGCCUGAGGAGGCAGUGUCACCGGCAAGGGGGUGGAGGGGGUUUGAUCCGACCGGCGGUGUGGCAGGAGACGACGCCGUGGGACCAACUUGUGACACGAGGUGAAGACUGUGGACUUUGCCGGUGGAUUCCAACUAUUUAUCGAAGAACUUAAUAAAAGAGACGAGAAGGAAGAAGAAGCUGGCGUUUAGGGUCGACACGAAUCAGGAAGUGAGCGCGGUGGGAGGCGACGAGUCGCAGGACAGGUGACACAGGGUGUAAGACGUUGAAAAGGGACUGAGACGACCAAGGAGCCAUUCUUGCCGCUGUUUAUGGACUGCAGACGGUGAUGUCGUCAGGCGAGGACGGUCUGAUCGGGAUCCCUUUCCCGGAGCACAGCAAUGAGCUGCUGUCUCACCUCAAUGACCAGAGGCGCUCAGGGCUCCUGUGCGACCUCACCCUGACCUCUCGCGGGGCCCGCUACCCCACCCACCGCUCCGUCAUGGCCGCCGUCAGUCUCUACUUCCGCCGGCUCUUCGGGGCGGAGGAAGGCGGGUUCGGCGAGGGUGGCGGAGGUUUCAGCGUGUGCCAGCUGGACUGUGUGGCACCCGAUGCGCUGGACGCCCUGCUGGAGUUCGCCUACACGGCCACCCUGACCAUCCCCUGCUCCGGGAUGAGGGACGUGCUGCGCGGCGCUCAGCUUUUGGGCAUCCAGUGCGUGGCGGACGCCUGCAGGGACAUCUUGGGGGAGAAGGCGGAGCCAGAGGAGGAGGAAGAGCAGAAGAGGGAGCAAGACGUCGCCGCCACCGCCGCCGCUCUUGGGAGGCCGGCAGGACAGCACGCGUCCCGAAGGAAAACUGACAGGAGGAAGUUGAAAAAAGUGGGACCUCAUUACAUGGACUCCUUGCCGAACCCGCCACCCGCUUCUCCCAUCUCGUACCCUUCACCUCUAUCGGAGAGCGGGCGCUCGCCGCUCCCUGCCCGACCCCUCAGCCCGGAACCUGAGCAGCUGCUCUUUAGAUGGAGGCAGAACGGCGACCCCGGGGGGAUCCGAGUACCAAAGAGGGGGCCCGCCUUCAACGGAGGUCACCUACACUGGAUGCACCGCCGCCCGGCACCUCCGGACGCACCCCCAGAGGACAAACUAUCCGAGGAAGAAGACAUGGAGGGUUUCGGCAGCGAAGGGACGCUGAUGGAAAGCACCUCCACCGCUUCCUCCAUGGCCGAGCGGGGGGACGGUGUGGCAGUGGCCUCCGUGGCAACGGAGGUGGGCGUCGGCAGGAAGAGGAAGUCGCAAAUGCCUCAGCAGUGUCCCGUCUGUCAGAAGAUCAUCCACGGCGCGGGAAAGCUGCCUCGCCACAUGAGGACGCACACCGGAGAGAAACCCUUCCAGUGCUCUGCCUGCGGCGUUCGCUUCACCAGGAAUGACAAGUUGAAGAUCCACAUGAGGAAGCACACGGGCGAGCGGCCUUACUCGUGUCCGCACUGCCCCGCCCGCUUCCUGCACUCUUACGACCUGAAGAACCACCUGUCCCUGCACAGCGGUGCGCGGCCCUUUGAGUGCCUGAUCUGCCACAAGGCCUUUGCCCGCGAAGACCACCUCCAGCGGCACCGCAAGGGACACAGCUGCCUGGAGCCAUCCACGAGCUGGCCCGGCCAGGGGCCCGGACAAGACCAGCAGGAAGCCGGGGUGGACGCGGGCGAGCGGCUGCGGCCAUCGGGGCCCCACCCCUCGGUGUUCCCGCAGCCCGCCGUGUUGGAAGGCCACAUGUUCCGAGCGGACGCCGACGCCGAGCGCACACUGGCCCUGCAGGUUCUGGCGCAGCUCAGUCCGCAGCGCUUCGCCAACUACCAGGACCUACUCCUGAGAGGCAGAGGGGAAGGCGAACCCAAAGAUCCCGGGGGCGUCGACACUCGGCGCCAACGCUGGCCGCGGGAAGCGGCAGAGAAGAUUGAUGAGGACCAAGACGAAUAGCGAAUGUUUCUAUGUGUGUGUGCGUGUGUGUGUGCGCGUGUCUGCGCGUGUGUGCACGUGUGGUAUGACAUCCACUUAAAAAAAUUAAUAAUAAUCUCACUCAGGUGGCUGGACCUGCUGCUCCAUGUGGGGAGCACUUAAAAAAAAAAAAAAAGCAAAAAAUGUAACAUGGGUUUCCUCAGUCGCUUUCAAUGUUUGUUUGUCCUUUGGCUAUGAGCUGUUGAUUUAUUUUCUUCCCUUUCUUCUCUUUUGUCUUUUAGAAGGGAACUCACGGCAGCACUUUUUGCAACAUGUGCCCCCGCGAGUCUCACCACAGUAUUCAGAUGAAUAUUCGGGUUUGUAUUACCAACGUAGCGUGACCAAACCCACAGACGAGGCGAGCUGUGACGUUUCCAAAGCAAGCCCGAGGGCACUUGGCCAAAAUGGCAGCCGCACAAGCAAUACGCUCUUUGGACUUGCGGGGGCGUCCACAACAUUUUCUUGCAAAGAAAAUGUUUGCCGGGAGUUCACCUUGAAGCAGUUUUUUUAAACGUUAGCUGUAAUACUCGCACGACUGGGAUGCUUUGCCCCGCAGAAAUCCAAAGCUAGAGCCGAAAGACAAUUAUUAGCCUUUUGGGGGCGUUUGUGUCGUCAGUCUUUGCUUAGAGCUGGCGCUGGAAUCAAAGAGAGUUAUUUGAUAACUUCAAGAAAGAGAGAGAAAGAAAAUGAUUGGUCGCCAAUUUUGGGUUCAAAGAACUCUUUUCAACAAUUCUGCUUCAAGCAUUUUCUGUGUUGAUUGACCAAAAAAAGACCAAGUCUUGGUCAAAGUUGUUUUGGCUCUUCAAAGACUUCCAAUACACACGUUUGGCUUCCUUAGUUGAAACAACAAAGGUGAGGCCGGGAGGGGUGGGGUGAACCUGAGCAUUUAGCCCUUUGUCUGUAUUUAUUUAUUUAUUGUUUGUUUAUUUAUUUUGGGGCUUUUUCUUUUUUUUUUUUUUUAAACUAGAUCAAAUCCGGGCUUGGUCAACAGUUUUAUGUCAUCACUACACGUGAGAACGAGGCCCUUGAUCCCUUCGUUGCGCUCCACCAAUGCAUUCCUUGCACAUGUGAAGCCUUUAGGGUUCUGCAAAAAAAAAAAAAAAAAUACUAACAUUCCAGCUUCUGACCAAAGGGGUGGGCAACUUGUGGAACGUGGGCCAGCUGGAGCCUUUUAUUUGGCCUGCCAUGCUUCCAAUAAAUUGUUGGGACGACUCACAAGUGUUGAUUGGCUUCUUGUUUCUUUAGAAAGAGGUUGCCCACCCCCGUGCUGGCCACCAUUCAUGUAGAAGGUAUGCCGCAUGUGCGCUCGAUCCCAAAAAGCUCCGGAGGCACCAAAGGGACAGAUCAGUUCACGUUCCAUGUCAUCUUGAUUUGAAAUUUGUAUCAUUUUCUUUCUCUCUUCUCUAUUUGGUGCCUCCUGUUGGUGUAAAUUGUAAGAUGCACUGUGAUGACCUGACUACUGUACUUGGCAACUCGCACGAGACCAUUUAAUUUCUUUUUUUUUUUUUUGGAGGGGUUGUUUUAUUUAAUUGUUUUAAUGUACGGUGUAUAUAUAAUAUGGAUGAAGUUGCCUUGGUGUUUGUUAUGCUGCACUUCUUCUUCUCAGGAACUCUUGAGCAAUGCACUAAGUGGUUGUAGGACCUCUAAAAUGGGGGAACACGAUGCUGGCUCGUUUGAAAAGAAUAUCAAUGGACUCGUGAAUAGCUCACAAGCGGAGCUGCUUUCAAAAGGCAUUUACGUGAACUGCUAGUCUUAAUGGAGAGAGUCGCUGAUCUCAAUCCAAAAGGAGUGAGUGAGUGAAUGAGUGGGUGAAUGGGCGAGUGUGACUCAAUGCCAGCUGUGAAGUGUACCUCUCUAUACAAAGUUUUUGUGGCUUGGGUUUAGGGAGGAGGGUCUGAGACCUUCUGGCCAUCAGGGAUACUUAUGAUUUUUGUCCUUCAGUUUCUUCUUGACCUUAUUGACUUGUCCUUGUUUCCCUUUCACGUCAUGUCAAGGAACACCAAUUAAAACCAAACAAAGGAAACAAAA